AUGGCAGCUUCUUCGAUGGUAGUGUGUUUUGGAGAGAUGUUGAUCGAUUUCGUUCCUGAUACUGCUGGCGUCUCCUUGGCCGAGUCUCAGGGAUUCAUCAAAGCCCCCGGUGGUGCACCAGCUAACGUUGCUUGUGCCAUCGCUAAGCUCGGUGGUUCUGCUGCCUUCGUCGGCAAGGUCGGAAAAGAUGAGUUCGGGUACAUGUUGACUGAUAUUUUGAAAAAGAAUGGAGUGAAUACUGAUGGCGUGUUGUUUGACGAACACGCCAGGACGGCAUUAGCGUUUGUGACGCUUAAGAAAGAUGGCGAAAGAGAGUUUAUGUUUUACAGGAACCCGAGUGCGGACAUGCUCCUUAAAGAGUCCGAGCUCAAAAUGGAUAUGAUCAAGAAGGCCAACAUCUUUCACUACGGCUCGAUCAGUCUAAUCACCGAACCAUGUAGAUCUGCUCAUAUGGCGGCCAUGAAGGCCGCCAAGCAAGCGGGGGUCUUGCUCUCUUAUGACCCCAAUGUCCGCCUACCCUUGUGGCCUUCUGCUGACGCCGCUAGGACAGGCAUCAAGAGCAUUUGGAAGGAAGCUGAUUUCAUUAAGGUGAGCGAUGAUGAGGUGGAAUUCUUGACACAAAAGAGUGCCGAUAACGAAGAUGCCGUGAAGUCUUUGUGGCACGACGGUCUGAAGCUUAUGGUUGUCACCGAUGGCGAGAAGGGUUGUCGUUAUUACACCAAGUCCUUCAAGGGAAAAGUGCCCGGAUGCAAGGUGAAGGCAAUUGACACAACCGGUGCCGGAGACGCUUUUGUCGGCUCGCUACUCGUUUCCAUGGCGAAAGACACUUCCAUUUUUACGGAUGAAGCGAAAUUGAAGCAGGCACUAGCGUUUUCGAAUGCGUGUGGAGCAAUAUGCACGACAAAGAAAGGAGCCAUCCCAGCAUUACCAACCACAUCCGAUGCCCAAGCUCUUCUAUCCAGUUCCAAGUAGAGAAUAAAACUCAUGAGUCGGAUAAAGAUAGCACACGAUGAAUUGUUCUGAACAUUUUAUUGAGUUUGUUUUGAGAUUAUACGUUGAUUUUGGAGGUUAUUUUUUCGUAUCUUGGUUUUUAUUUCAAACUAAAAAAUAACAGUAUCUUGAUCGGUGAUCAUAGUACUGAUAUUAGUCCUUAUCCCAUCCAUAAGAGUUGGGAUGGAAUGAGGGUUUUUUUUAGUUAGGGUGUUUUAGAUCAAUAUUUUGCAGAUGUUGAUAUAAUAAAAC